GGUGGUAUGCAAACGCCAACACACAUUGCACAAUCAGGAAGAAUCUACUUAUUAUACGAUCUGUAACGCCUUCUCAACUGACCAAUUCAGUUUUCAGAAGUUAUGAAGACAUUCGCUGAUCUACCCACCGAGAUGGUCGUAAACGUGUUCAAAUUCGUACGCCAGAGACCCGACCAAGGCGCCGUCUGUCUGGUUAGUCGCUUAUGGAGAAAGAUCAUGGCACCUGUGAUGUGGGAAAAGCUCGAAACCAACUUGAGAGAGUCUGGUAGCCGCUCUUUGGGAACGUUACUGAAAGCGGAUUCCAAUAUCUUGCCCCACGUACGAGAACUGAAGAUAUGCAGCGUGACGUUUGGGCACGACAUGGAAGAUCGUCUGAAGCUGUUGAUAGCAGCGCUUCCACGCGACAAACUUCGUACGAUUCAUUGCACCUACUACAUCAAAGACUUGACCUUCCAGCAGUUGUUGCUUUCGCAACGCAAACUCGAAAGUAUUCAAGUCGCUACUUCGUUUACGAAUCUGGACCAGAGAACCGAGUCUCACUUUCUGUCUCACGACUAUUUCUCAUGGACAGCCUCCAUGAUGUCCGAAGUGAAGCAGAUAAAGUUUGACCUCUUUAGGAAGGAGAAUGGACAAGCAAGGAAGACCUUCAAAAUCUUGCGCAAAGCCUUCGAUGCAUGUUCAAAACUAGAAAACCUCAUAUUGAUCGACACAAGGGCGUUUCCAGGCUCACUACAGGAUAUACUUUCCUACGCAACUGGAGGCCAACUAUUCUUCCAACUCACGUCUGUGACCUUACAAGGAUUAGACCUCGUGCCAAAUGGCUCACAGCCAUUCUGUCACAACUUUAACGUCACGAACUUGCAGCAGAUGAAUCUUACGUCAUGCGACGAUGUUAUUCCAUUUUUGGACAGCCUGACCAGGUCUUACUCUGAGAUGUCUGGGGCGCUGAAGGUGCUGUCAAUCCAGCUGCGAGAAGACGAUCCUACGCCAGUGGAAACUGCAAGCUCUGUUGAGGGAUUUCUCAAAGCUUGUCCCAAACUUAAGGACCUCUCUCUAGUGCUUGCCAGAUGCCCCCUUGUAGGCAAAGACUGUCUCUUGUCUCACGCGGACACACUGCGUUCGCUUGUCGUUAGCACCGAUCCGCUUGAGCAGCGCGCGUACUCAAAACAUGAUCUAGAACGCAUCUUAAAGGCCUGCAAAAGGCUUAAAUGUCUCGCGAUCAACUUCCCGCCUAUCAGGCUGGGGUCUGUUACCAAGCCACGUCAAGGUCUCCGCUUCGAUGAAAGUGAAGACGGCGCCGAGGGCGUUCUGGCUCAAAUUUCGCGAUACUCUUCGCUCCACACUCUUGGAAUGCUCAACUUGCCUGAGCUCAGAUUCGCCUAUUACCCGAAACCUCCCCGACUUCCCACGAUGACGAAGCAAGCUAUCCUUCAGUCCUACAAUUCAGUCAUGCAGAGCCUUGCUAACCAGGUCUUUUGUUACAUGGCGCAGCACGGCACAUCUCCAAAGGUCUUUCACGUCGAAGCUGACGGUUUUUUUUGGAAGCUCAGCAGACCCGACCGUGAUUUCGUCGUUUUAUAGCUGGUAUCAUUACACCUACAUCAGCAGACAUAUCCAAGACGGAUCUGGCAUUAGUGUGGCAGUGGAAGUGCCAUCGAAAGCUGCGCGCAG